AUGGGCUCUCUACGCGGCCUUCUCCUAUGCUAUCUCACCCUCGUUACGUCCUGGGCCGCUAGCCCCCAGGGCGAUGCGACACAGCAACCGCUAGUCCGCGGACCAACAAAAGCCACUGGCAAUAAUGCCACCAUAAUUCCCCAGCAUCUCUUCUGGGAGCUCGAAGAACUCGCGCGCAUUGUCGACAUCUCCUACUGUGUCGGUACCGCAGGACUGGGUAUAAAGAAGCCCUUUACGUGCGCAAGCCGCUGUGCGGACCGCGACUUUGAGACUUUUGAUCUAGUCAAGGCAUGGAAUACUGGUCCUUUCCUGUCCGACUCGUGCGGCUACAUUGCCCUGUCGCACCACCCUGCCGAACCGCGACUGAUUAUCGCGUUCCGUGGCACCUAUUCCAUCGCAAACACUAUUGCGGACUUGUCGACCAUACCCCAGGAAUACAUCCCUUAUCCAGGCGACGACAAUUCAGAUAGCGGUGACUCGGACUUUCUCACCCCCCGAGUCGGUGUCUCGGAGGGUAUUGCGGAGGGUGACGCUCCUCCGGCAGAACCGCCGAAAUGCGAGAAUUGCACCGUUCAUACAGGCUUCUACUCGUCCUGGCUCAACACGCGCAGGGUUAUCCUACCGUAUGUUUCCGAGGCCCUGGAAAAGUAUCCGGAGUAUAAGCUGGUCUUGGUGGGACAUUCGUUGGGCGGCGCUGUAGCAACUCUGGCUGGCCUGGACUUCAAAGCACGUGGCUGGGAUCCUCAUGUGACAACGUUUGGAGAGCCGAGGCUAGGGAACAAGGAGUUCAACGCAUACAUUGACGAGCGCUUCAACGUUACGGCAAACCACCAGCAUAAUAAGAUUCACCGCGUUACCCACGUUGGCGACCCCGUGCCUUUGUUGCCCCUAGCCGAAUGGGGCUUCAGCAUGCACAGCGAAGAAAUCUUCAUCUCAGAGUCUAGCCUACCCUUUUCUGUCGCUGAUGUUCACUUCUGCAAUGGAGAUGAAGACACGCACUGCAUUGCUGGCAGCGACGAAGAAAAACCCGCGUGGGGAGUGCCCACUCGCUUCAAGUUCUGGCAGCUCUUCUUUGCCCACCGCGACUACUUUUGGCGACUGGGACUAUGCAUGCCUGGGGGCAACCCAGGAGAUUGGUACGAUAAGUAUCCAGGACAUGCCAUGGGUUACGAUACAGAGGUGCAGGAACCCGAGAUUGAAGAGUUAUAA